CCGAGGCUUCCCUGUGGCCGCGCCCCAGCGCGUCUCCGGCUCAUCCCCAGCCCGCGUCGGGCCUGCGUCCCCGCGCCCCUUGGUUACCGAGUCCCGCGUCCCGCGUGCCGCGUCCAGCCCUCCUAAGAUGCGCGGCGCACCCUCGGCCGGGGCAGCCCUGGUGCUGUGCGCGGCCACCGCCGGGCUGCUGAGCGCGCAGGGCCCCGCCCCGCCCGAGCCGCCCCGCUUCGCGUCCUGGGACGAGGUGAACGUGCUGGCGCACGGGCUCCUGCAGCUCGGCCACGGGCUGCGAGAGCACGUGGAGCACACCCGGGGGCAGCUGGGCGCGCUGGAGCGACGUCUGGGCGCGUGCGGGGCCGCGUGCGAGGACCCGGAGACCCUCCACAGUUUGCAGACUCAGCUCAAGGCCCAGAACACCAGGAUUGAGCAGCUCCUCCAGAAGGUGGCCCAGCAGCAGCGGCACCUGGACAAGCAGAACCUGAGGAUCCAGAAACUACAGACCCAGGUGGGACUCCUGGCCCCCGCGCACCUGGACCACAGGCUGACCAAAGCCGCCAGGAGAAAGAGGCUCCCGAAGAUGGCCCAGCUUGCUGGCCCAACCCACAACACCAGCCGCCCGCACAGACUGCCCAGGGACUGCCAGGAGCUCUUUGAAACUGGUGAGCGGCAAAGUGGACUGUUCCAGAUCCAGCCUCAGGGGUCUCCGCCAUUCCUGGUGAACUGUGAAAUGACCUCAGAUGGAGGCUGGACUAUAAUUCAGAGGCGCCACGAUGGCUCCGUGGACUUCAACCAGCCUUGGAAAGCCUACAAGGUUGGCUUCGGAGACCUCCAAGGGGAGUUCUGGCUGGGCCUGGAGAAGGUGCACAGCAUCGUGGGGGACCGGGACAGCCGCCUGGCUGUGCAGCUGCAGGACUGGGAGGGCAACGCUGAGUCCCUGCAGUUCCCCAUGCACCUGGGCGGCGAGGACACGGCCUACAGCCUGCAGCUGACCGCGCCCGUGGCCAGCAAACUGGGUGCCUCUGCCGUCGCCCCCAGCGGGCUCUCCCUGCCCUUCUCCACCUGGGACCAGGACCAUGACCUCCAGGGGGACAAGAACUGUGCCAAGAGCCUCUCUGGUGGCUGGUGGUUCGGCACUUGCAGCCACUCCAACCUCAAUGGCCAGUACUUCCGCUCCAUUCCCCGCCAGCGGCAGCAGCGCAAGAAGGGCAUCUUCUGGAAGACCUGGCGGGGCCGCUACUACCCUCUGCAGGCCACUACCAUACUGAUCCAGCCCACCGCGGCCUGGGCAGCAUCAUAGCCUCCUUGGGGGGCCUGGCCGCAGGCUCCUAAAGGACAGUGACUUUGACUGUGGCCCAGCAUGUGGCCGCCCCCUGCCUGGGCAGGAACUCUGGGUCCAGGCCAUCUGGAACCUCGUGGUCAGAGACGCCUACCACUGCAGAGGUCCCCAUUCUGAGUGGGGGCUACAGGCGCUGUCUCGGAGAAGGGCAGAGCUGGCAGAGCUGUCAGGCUGCCGCGCACAGACCCGGGAAGCGUGGGCCUGAGUGGCGCUGAGGCGCUCUCCCCGCCCGCCCAGGGUGGACACAGGUGAACUGCUUGGGGGCCGUCAGACCAGCCCUCAGUGGUGGAUUCAGUCACAUUGACUGGCUGAGCCCCGGGCACCCUCGUGGAGCCACUGUGUGGGUGCCAUGGGGAUGUGGGUGCCACAGGGUGAACUGGCACCGAUGAUCUGGGUGGAGCUCAUAGAAUUCUUGGAAUAAAAGCAACCUCAGAACAUCUCGUUCUUUGUCCUUUGGUUUGUUUUAAAAACGGGCUGUUUCAAAGUUCACAAAAACAUGUUCCCAGGGUGGAGGGCGAGUGUUCUCAGGUCCCUUGAGGCCAAGUGGUUAUUCCUACCAUUUCAACAACUGAUUUUAAUUCCAUUUAUUAUCUCGUGAUGUGUUAUCUGUCGUGUGUAUUUUUGAAAUUUCAAAACCAAACCGUUGUGUGAGUCAUUGUUCCGCAAGCAGGUGAGAGAGAAGACGGAGGGCCCUCCCUGACCUGCA